AUGGGCCGCCGCCAUACAUGCUGGCCGUCGCCGGCCGCCGCCGUGAAGGCCGGAGCGAUCUGCGUGCUGCUGCUCCUGCCGGCGCCCGCGACCGCGCAGGCGCCCGUGGAGGCCGCGGCGGCGAUCGAAGCGGAAGGCGGCGGCAAUGUCACCACUCGAGGCGGCGGCGGCGGCUCGCGAGGCGGGGGAGGAGGUGGUGGCGGCGGCGGCACGCGGAAGCUGGUGAGCAACAUCGACUGCCAGAUCUGCGAGGCGACAUGCCGGGUGAAGUGCCUCAUCAACAACCUCUUCCAGUGGGGCGUGUGCUACCAGCGAUGCAAGUCCGACAACUGCAACGACUGGUGCCGGUAG